AUGGACCACCACUGCCACGUUCAUGAUCAAUUGCAAAAGGCAGAAAAUGGACGAACAGCAAUAAGAUAUCGCACUUAUUACCAAGAACGUGUGAAGCACAUCACGCCAGGAGAUGGAAAAGUGAAUUUGGUAAAUAUAAUUACUUGGUAUCACAAAAAUGGUCUCGAGCCAGGAAAAAGGUAA